ACGUUUACUAGGGUUGGGCGGCCGGUUGAAAGAAAGAAGCACAAGCAGCUCCGGCUUGGUCCAAAAAGCAAGUGCAUAUCGGAUGAUAAUCAUCCCCACGGCAGCUGGUGAGUCGAUCGUUUCUAAAUGUUUUCCUGCCUUAGUCCUGGAUGUGUUGAGAGCAGCAUCGCUGUAUGAGAAGGCUAAGCUCAUAUGUCAACCAAAAAACGGGCAAACCAGGCAGCAUCCGUGAACGGAUUCAUUUUGAUUUAAUUGAGCCUGACUUACAGAGAGCCAGUGUAAAUCAUUGGCGGUUACGCGUGGAGAUCAACACAUCGCUUCCGGAUUAAACAUUGCAAUUAACGGUGGUGUGAAAUACACAACACGACCACCUAUAAACAAUGACAUCGGCGUUCUUAUGUGGUUAUUAUAUCGCAUGUUUCUCUACGGAAUAUUGAAUGCAUCCGACUGAAGCAUGGCCUGCACUGUGGCUAAUUUGAAGCCGCUGUCAUUGGCUGACUAGCCGUCGACUGCCUCCCUCCUGCAAGCAGAGUUGGUGUGUUGUCAUUUUCAAAGGCGACUUUCAGCACAUCUGAGCAUGAAUGUGUGGUCAAGCGUCUAAGAGGACUCCCACUGAAGCCACUGAAGACUGUUUAAGCCCCCCCCCCCACCAAGAGGAAGGAGGAUGUCAAGUUCUGGAUGCAAUAAAGGUCCAAGGUGAUCUUGAAGGGCAGAUAUGAGUCUGACAUCUUGGUUCUUGGUGAGUGGCGGAGGGACACGCCAUCGUCUCCCCAGAGAGAUGAUCUUUGUGGGGAGAGACGACUGUGAACUCAUGCUUCAGUCCCGCAGCGUGGACAAACAACAUGCUGUCAUCAACUAUGAGGAAGAUACAGACGAACACAAAGUCAAGGACCUGGGGAGCUUAAAUGGGACCUUUGUCAAUGAUGUGAGAAUACAGGAGCAAAUGUAUGUCACGCUGAAGAUCGAUGACAAACUGAGGUUUGGUUACGAUACGAACUUGUUCACUGUGGUUCGUGGAGAGCUACUCAUUCCGGAGGAGGCCCUAAAGCAUGAGAAGUUCAGUAGUCAGCUUCAGCUCAGCCAGCUCAGGAGGCCUGUGGAGGGCGAGUCGUCAAAAUCAGAAGGCAAACCCUCCGAGGCAGCAGUACCCGUGUGUGAGGGAGCCUCUGCUAAUCCCCCAGAGCCCGGCAGGGUUGAGGAAAAGAUGACAGGGGAUGUGGCGGUAUUACACAGGGGAACACCCCUUUAUGGACAACCUGCCUGGUGGGGAGAUGGGGACGAUGAUCAACACCCUGGAAGGCCUGAAGAAAAGAAUUUGAGGCGUGAAAAAGCUCAAAGUGACACCAAGAAGAGUGCGGAAAAGUCAAAGUCUGCCCAGCCAAUAACCUCUACUCAGGAGCCAAGCUACUUUGAAAUCCCAACAAAGGAUGCUCCCUCAGCGGGUAAAGCUAGUGCUGAGGGCACAUCAGAAGACCAAGAGGUUGGUACUUCAUCUGCCGCAGAGGCUGUCCAUGGGCAUGCAUCCUUCACCAUUGAAUUUGAUCCUGGAGCAUCAGGCAAAGUGACGGUCAAAGAUCGAGUGGCAAAAAUGGGCCUAGAUACAAGACCACGCCCUAAAAAGGGAGUGGGGGAGGAGCUGAGUCCACUUCAGACAGCCAUGGUAGCAGCAGAGGUCAAAGUUGCGGAUUGGCUGGCCCAAAAUGAGCUGCCUCUGACUCUCAAAGAAACAGCUGCAGAAGACGGCGGGGAAAGUGUGAAGAGCGAUGUACCUGUUCAGCUGAGGAGUCUGAAAGACAGCAAACAUGAGGAUGGAACACAGAGCGACUCCGAGAAUGCACUUGGUGAGCAACGUAGGGCUGCCGCUCUAGAGCAGUGCACGUGGGGGCUUUGGAGCGGAGCAGGAAUGAAGAUCAGGGAAGGGCGAGCUAAUGUACCAGAGGGGCUCUUUGCAGAGGAAGAAAGCCCUGCACGCCGCCGCAGGUCUUCAAGUACAAAAGUGGAAAGGCAGCAUGGUGCGCCACAUCAACCAAGUAGUCGUGAUGAGUGCUACCACCAUGGAGAUGAUUGUAGUGACAGAGGGACAUACACCAUUGAACUGGAAAAUGGAGAUCAUGAAGAAGAAGAGGCUAGAAAAAUGAUUGACAAGGUAUUUGGUGUAGAUGAACUGGAAACUGUGCAUGUGUCCAAAGGGGGGAGUACAGACCUACGAGAGACCGUCCCCUCCCAGAGGUUUGGUAGCAGAGACAGUGGAAAACCUAUAUGUACAGAAACAGAGGUACUGGCUGAGGAGCUGGUGGUGGGUGGUCCUCGCUGGGUCUCACAGUGGGCUAUUCUUGCUGCCAGCCACAUUCGGACAGACCCGGAGGGAUCCGGUGGCGAGAGUCACAGCUUAGUUAUCGACAAAGCAGAUGUAAGUGAAUCCAGCCACUCCUUCGGUUCAUCUGGUCAAAAAGAACGAAAAAGAAGAACUCUGCCACAGGUGCCUGGUGAGGAGGUUGCACAGGGAAGGAGGACCCCGACGUGCACAGAUAUGGGGGAGAAACAGGACACAGAACUGCAAGAGAAAGAGAAGCAGGAGGAAAAGAUAGUCAGGGGGCAGAAUAUUCCUGGUCGUGGCAGUCCCAGUCGCUCCUUGCCAGCCAAGUCACAGGAGAGUAGUCAUGGGAGAACAAGCCAGACAGGUGUAAUGGCCAAGCUACCACCUCGUCCAAAGACUAGUGGAGAGAGGAGAAAGGAGGAGGUACAGAGGAGGAAAAAGGAAGACGAGAAGAUCAGGGACAGUGGUGGAAAACCCUUUUUGAGACAGGAGAGUUUUACUGUGGAGAAACCAAGUUCCAAUGUACCCAUUGAGCUCAUACCCCGCAUUGAUGGCAGCAGACCCCCGAGUCGAGAGGCUGGCAUUGACAGUGCCACACUACAGAGAGACUCUGAGGCAGUUGCAGCAUUUUUAGAGGGCACCAUAUCAGACCAAGGUGAUCCACCAAGUCAGUCUAUUGAAGGUUCCAUGUCUCCCGAGUCAGAUGUGGACACAACUAGUACAGUAAGCCAGGCUGACGGAGCUAGGAAAGUCGUUCAAAAACGCCGGAUUCUAGUAGGGCAGCAAAAAGAGAAAACUGUGGUCUGCUCCAACAAUAAAGGCCCAGCUUUUGGUCGAGGAACUCAAGACAAGAGGGUUAAGAGCAGAGCGCCGGGUUCUCAGCAGCCGUGGACCUCUCUGGACCUCACAGAUGAUGAUGUCAAUUCUAACUCACUUCUCUCUGACACCCAGCCCACAUCUACACAGGAAACCCAAGGUUCACGUGCUAAAGUCCAGGCAGGAAGCACAACAGUGGGGGCCAGCACCAAGUCUAGUAGGGCUAAGAGCACCCAGCCCCCUGCUUCUCUUCCAGCCGGUAAAAGUACAUGUGUCCCCAAACCAAGACCGACAAGGGCAUCCAUUCUGCGGAGAGCUCGGCUUGGUGACUCAACUGACACUGAACCUGCUGAUCUGGACAGGAUGUCUGUGGCCUCUGAGGCCUCAACCACUAGCUCCACAUCCAGAACGGAGAUGGUAAAAAGGGGAAUGUCUAGGAUAGAAGCUCUGGCACAGCCAAGGAGGCCAAGGGUUGGCUCCCCUUCUGCCCAGAGUGAUUCUGAAGCCACGGUGACCAGGAGUAGAGGACUUGGAACCAGAAGUACUGUUGGUGAGUUUGCUAUUCGACAAGGACUAAGAGGGUGCAGUGUGUCUUCAGCAGCUGGACCUAGGGCCAGGGCUAACAGCGCCUCCAAGCUGCCAGACAAAAGUAAAGCCACCUCGUCUCAUGGAAACGUCACUCCAGCAGUCAGCACUCGUUGGCGCCGUGUGCCCGUAGACUACGCCUCCACCUCAGAGGAUGAGUAUGGUUCCAACCGCCAUAUGUCCAAACAGGGCCACGCACGGCUGGUACUAUCCACACGGGUGGCUCAGUUAGGAGGCUCAGGGCCAACCCCUCCUAAUCCUGCUGGAUUGAAGCCACAGUCUAGAGAUCAGGAUGAGUAUAUGAGAGACUGGACAGCACACAGUGAGGAAAUAGCCAGGAUUAGCCAGGAUUUGGCCAAAGACCUAGCCAUGCUUGCAAGAGAGAUUCACGACGUAGCUGGAGAGAUUGACACAGUGAGCCCGGCAGCCACUGAUCCUGGCGUCUUGUUGGAGGAGCGUGGCUGUGAUGCCAGCUUGGACAAAGGGGGUCCCUCCACAGAUCAUAACAGCAUCCUGGAAAGCAAUGGGACGUCAGUUGAACUGAGACCGAGAUCUUGCAGUUCACAGGGAUCUCGCUCCAUUCGUCGACAGACGUGGAACAGAGAUGAGGCAAUUCUAGAAAGUUUACUUCUACCAUCCGUGAAUCAACUCUCAACCAGGAUACGUCAAUCAGUCGACAAAACAGCCAGCAAGAUCAGGAUACUUUUCAAGGACAAGGACAGGAAAUGGGAAGAGAUUGAGAGCAAACUUCAGGCAGAGCACGACUCCUUACUGCUGAAGAGCUCCAACAAGGAGAUUUCCACCAUUAUUCAAGACCUGAAGAGAGUGGAAAGACAACUCCUUGUCAUUGAUAUGAUGGUGGACCCCGAUGGUACUCUGGAUGCCCUGACCAGCUUGGGCCUAACCAGCCCUUUGACAGACCAGAAGAGUCCUGCAGCUCAGCAAGCAGAAUCGGUUCUUUCUUCCGGAGCAGAAGCUUCCGCCAUUGCACUCUCAGACGCAAAGCAUGAAGUGGCUCCCAGUGAACCUCACGGACUGUCAGAGGGUUCCCAACAGACCUCUGGAUAAUUAACAACCCUUUAAAGCAUCUGGUUAAUGUGCUCUUUAUGUUGGAGACACCCUGGAGCCCUGGAAACAAACUUUUUUUGACUGUGAGUAUUUUGGUUUUGAAUGAGACAAUGUGACCUGACCCCUGUUUGAGAACCUUAAGUAACAGGACAAAAUAAGUUACAUUUCCCAAAUCUGUAUGAAUCUCCGUCUUGGCUAAGUACAAACUCAUCUUUUUUGCACUAUAUUAUUAUCCAAGCUGUUCGUUCCCUAUAUGACCCGUGUCAGUUUGGUUGGCAUUGCCGGCAAUGAGACUGACCCGUUUCCAGUGAGGGUUGGAGUCUGCCAGGGCUGACCUUUGACUCCGAUUACUUUAUGGACAGAAUUUCUAGACGCAGCCAGGGUGUUGAGGGGUUCCGGUUUGGUGGCUGCUGGAUUGGGUCUCUGCUUUUGGCAGAUGAUGUGAUCCUUCUGGCUUCACUGAGCCGUGACCUUCAACUCUCACUGGAUCGGUUAGCAGCCGAGUGUGAAGUGGCCGGGAUGAGAAUCAGCACCUCCAAGUCUGAGUCCAUGGUUUUCGCCCGGAAAAGGGUGGAAUGCCAUCUAUGGGUCAGGGAUGAGAUCCUUCCCCAAGUGGAGGAGUUUAAGUACCUCAGGGUCUUGUUCAUGAGUGAGGGGAGGAUGGAACGCGAGAUGGACAGACGGAUUGGUGCGGUGUCUGCGGUGAUGCGGACUCUUCAUCGGUCUGUUGUGGUGAAGAGAGAGUUGGACCGAAAGGCAAAGCUCUCAAUCUACCGGUCCAUCUACGUUCCUACCCUCACCUAUGGUCAUGAGCUUUGGCUAGUGACCGAAAGGACAAGAUUGCGGGUACAAGCGGCCGAAAUGAGUUUUCUCCGUAGGAUGGCUGGGUCAGAAGCACUGUCAUCGGAGUAGAACCGCUGCUUCUUCGCAUUGAGAGGAGCCAGAUGAGGUGGCUUGGGCCUCCCGGACACCUCCCUGGGGAGGUGUUCAGGGCACGUCUGACCAGUAAGAAGGCCUCAGGGAAAACCCAGGACACGUUGGAGAGACUAGGUCUCUCAAUUGGCCUGGGGCCUUGGGAUCCACUGGGAGGAGCUGGAUGGAGUGGCCGGGGAGAGGGAAGUCUGGGCUUCCCUGCUUAGGCUGUUGUCCCCGCGACCCGACCUCGGCUAAGCGGUUGAAGAUGGAUGGACGGAUGGUUGGAUUGAUAUUAUCCAAAGUAUUGUAUGUCUGUGAUUCACAAAUGUUUGUUUGCCUACUUUGUCAUUGAAAUGCAAAUUAAUAAAUACUGUAACAGAGAAAAUGCAAAGAUAUCAAAAAUCUGCUACGGCAAGUCCUAAUUGUAAAUACAUGACAUCAGUUGUCGGCAUUCCCAAGAUCUGUCUCAGUAAUGAUUUUGAGAACUUUAUUUGCUGUAAAAAAAUGAGAUGCACAGGAUUUACCUUCUGUUUCAUAGAGUCAAAUCCCAAACUACAACAUGCCUUUUCAUUGUGAAAAUCUUCAUUUGGGACCUGUGCAUGAAUAAGUCAAAUGUAGCUUUGCGAAAGGUUUUCCUCUUCCUCGUGUAUUUUGUCACAAGUGCCCAGGAUCAAGCAAUCAUAGAAAUAUCACACUCACAUAUGAGAUGGUCAAAGGGUCAUAAAACCAUUUCUUUGCACAUUAUGAUGCUGGUGUCUGUUACAAUUAAUAUCCGACAGACCAGGACACGUCCCUUUCAAUGUUCUUUUAUGGUGGUCUUUUAACCAAAAAGUAUGCAGAGUUGCAGUCUGCAGGGAAAAGUCUGUCAGAGUAUUUUCUACUGUUGUGUUUGAGCCAGCAUAGACAGGGUCUACCUCCAAGUCCUUCAAAGGAGGGAUGGACGGUGUAUCAUCAUACUAAUGUUUACACAUGAAUGUAACCUGAAUACAUUUUAGCCAAACAAAUUUACUAAAGAUUACUAACUGCAUUUUGUGAUCAGCACUUAGUGUACUUUGUCUUUGACAAUUUGGAGAAGUUUUAUUUGAAUGGUUUGUACAAUUAUUUUUCUUUGUAGUGAUUUUGUUAUAAUUGUUGAUCUGUUGUUGUCCACAAUACCUGUAUAUUGUUUGCCUUGUUUCCAAUAAAAUGCAUGAUAAUUA